GAUACCACUCCCGCUCGGGUGGUAGGUAAACCUAUAUAGCGUGUCCUUUGUGUUUCCAUUUCUUCAUUUCGCUAGAGGUAUGGAAUUUCACUCUUCCGUACAGGGUCGAAUGAGUCUCGGCAGUAGAUAUUAAUGAGCAGCUUCUGCGAUACCAGUACAGCUCUGUACUGAAACAGUCGCCUGGCGCAUGAAAUAUGAUCUGUUCUGCAUACAGCAGCAUUAUAAAGCUAACGGCGGAUGAUCCCGCAGUGACGAUAAGGAUCUCCAAUCAACCACACUUGCUCUUCCUCGCGUUAUAACUGUAUUACGUCAAUUUUGUAAGGUAACCGAACACGAUGAACCAGGAUGCCGAAGCCAUCUUGGAGCAGGAAACCAAUUUGGGACUGCGAGUGUGGCAGCUGCUAUUUCUUUGCCUCGGUGCGGUACUGGGUGUAAUCAUAAUGUUUUGCUGCUGUAUCCGUUUCCGGAUUCCACGCACUAAGCAAGAAAUCGAAGCAGACUACCGUCGAAAGAAAUUGACCCGAAAGUUUCGCGAACGUUUGGAUUGUUUGAACAACACUGAGAUCGAUGACAUGGAUUUGAUGAAAGCUCUGGAAAGAGUGCGUGAGGAAUUUUUGGUUGAAAUGCAGAGGACGAAGCGCAAAGACGUCGAUGGAAAGGCCGAUAACAAUUCGAUCAAUGGAGUAUGAAAAUUUGAAAAUGUUGGCUUCAAAGUCAUCUUGCAGUAUCCAACGUUAUUGUAAAGUUGCAUUUUAAACAUAAAGAGUGGCACCCGGUGAACAUUACUUAAUUAAUAAAUGAUUGAUUGUGUGUUGUUUGUUGAAUAAAUUGUUUCAUGAGUCACAACCGGUUUAGAGAAACUGAUUUUAGAUAUUAGAUUUAUGAAUGUAAAUUGUAGAAGGCCAGAUUAUUUGAGCUAGUAGUUUCAAAAAACCUAAAUUCGAAACUUUUUGGGUGAAAUGUCAUCGUUAGAGGAUUUUAACCCAGUUUCGAUUAUAUUUUACACGUU